CGUGCGCGUGCGCGACACCUUACCAGCGCGAGGCGAUUGGCUGCGCGCCGGAGUUCACGCGGCGCUGAUUGGCCGACGGGCGCGAAGGGCCGACCAAUGCGUCGUGCCGCAGCGGCUCGCUAAUUAAUUGCUGCUAUCUGUCUCCUAUCCUUGUGUGCGUGCGCGCGCGCGUACGUCCCGUGCGCGUACGGACGUCUGUAUGCGUGCGUGCGUGUUUGAGUGUGUGUUUGCCUUUUUUCUCCCCAAAGCGAACAUGAAAUAGUUUGUUGGGCUACACUUUCCCUCUCCUCCAGCCGUCCCCCCCUUUCCUUGCCUCCUUCCUCCCUUUCCCGUCCUGUCGAUCGGCUCGGCGGCACACUUCCGACGCCGUUCGGUGAUGUUGGACAUGGGCGAGCGCAAAGAGCUCAAAAUGAUCCCCAAGUCGUCCUUCACCAUCCACAGCCUGGUGCCGGAGGCCGUGCAGAGCGACAACCACAGCCACGGCCAGCACCACCUGCACGGCAGCGGCAGCGGCGGCAACAACAACAACAACAACAACAACCACCACCACCACCACCACCAUCACGUGCAGAACCACCACCAUCACCAUCUCCACCACCAGCAACACCAGAACGACGAGCUCAAGUCCGCCGCCGCCGCCGCCGCGCAGCAGGACGCCAGCAAGGCGGAAGGCAAGAGCGAUCCGCCGGGGCCCGAAUGCUCAGGCGGCGGCCACGAAGCCUCCGAGGCGGCUUCGGCGGCGGAGAAGCCUGAAGACAAGAAGGAGGGCAAAGACGCGAAGGGCGGCAAGUUCGAGAAGCCUCCGUUCUCGUACAACGCACUGAUCAUGAUGGCGAUCCGCCAGAGCCCCGAGAAGCGACUGACGCUCAACGGCAUCUACGAAUUCAUCAUGAAGAACUUCCCCUACUACCGGGAGAACAAGCAGGGCUGGCAGAACUCCAUCCGCCAAAACGGCAAGCUCCGCCGGCGCUCCACCACCUCGCGGGCCAAGCUGGCCUUCAAGCGGGGAGCGCGCCUCACGUCCGGCCUCACCUUCAUGGAGCGGGCCGGCUCGCUCUACUGGCCCAUGUCGCCCUUCCUGUCGCUGCACCACCCGAGGGCGGGCGCCGCCGUGGGCUACAACGGGGCCUCGGCCUCGGCGGCGGCGGCGGCAGCGGCGGCGGCCGGCUCGUGUGACUCCCUGAGGGCGCCCAUGGGCUCCUCUCUGCCGGCCUUCCCAUCCGGACUGUCCGCCGGCCUCUCUGACUAUUUCACGCACCAGAACCAGGCCUCCGCAUCCAACCCGCUCAUCCACUAA